AUGGAGCUGCCUCCGCUGACCAAGGAGCAGCUCUCACAGCUGGUGACCUCCAACGCUCCACCUUCACAGCUCUUUGAAGCCCUGUCGCGAUACGAGCUCCAAGCAUGCCUCAUUUCUGCUGGGGGUAAUAGUUCUAACACAGGCAGUGGUGACUCUACACUAUUGAGCCUGUUCUACUCGAGCUUCUUUCUUGUCCAUCUUCUUACCGACCAAGUAUCUGAAGCUCGUGCAUUAACGAAACGAAUUCCUGAAUCCCUACUCCAACAUGAUCCUUCUUUACAGAACUGCUUAACCUUACUGCGAGCGGUAUGGCAGACUCAACACGGCCAGGUCUACCAAGUACUCCGGGGUCUACCAUGGCCAGAUAUUUUGCAGCCACUGGUUCGGAGAUAUGAGAGCUUCUUCCAAGACAAGACCUUGAUCGCAGUGAGCAGGUCUUACGAAGCCAUACGACUAGCUACAGCGGCUACCCACCUUGGUAUUGACGAACAGCUUGCCAAGCAGGAAGAUCCGAACGUAAUAUCAAGUUUCACAAAAUGUGGAUGGACAUGGGAUCCGGAAUCAAAGGUGCUGCAUCCCAAACCUAUCGUCGUCUCGCCUGCCGAGUCUCAGUCUUCCAACGGGAUUCGCAGGGCAAUGGAAAUGCUAGGAACGCGUGCGGGUUAG